AUGAUGUCAAAAGUGAGAUCAAGAUCAACGAGUUCUAGUAAAAAUCCUAAAAUUCCUAAUAGAAUUAUUGCUCAACCUUCAGAAGAAUUUUCAGCUAUUUCCGAUGGAAAACGUAAUACUUUUCAAACAACAAUAAAUAGAACAGGAUAUUUAGGAGACAUAUCUUCAGCUGCAGCAAUUACAAUAAAUAAAACAUCAAAUGAUACUAAUAUGAAAAGAUUUGAAAAUGAAAUAGAGUAUAAAUAUACAACUAAAAAAAAUGAAAAUCCAGAGAUAAUAACUAAUUGUAAUUCUACUACUUUUGGAAAAAAAUCAUUUAAUAAUUAUGAUAAAAGAUAUCAAAGUUGUUGUAUUGAUGAUACAACAAAUGGAACAUUAUUAUUCAACAAUACAGAAGCAGAAAGUAUUGAUAAUGUUGGACAAAAAAAAAGAAAUGUUAAAAGUAGCACAAUAAAAAGUUUUCUACCAAUUGACUCCUCAUCUGAUGAAGAAGUAUUUAAAGUUCCUGAAACCAAGCGUUUAACAACACGUCGAAAUUCAAAAACAUUUAAAAAAGAAGGUUAUAGAGAUAAUACUAACAAAUUAAAAGGCAAUACUUCUGAAAAUUUGAAUGUUACUGAAAAAGGAAAUAAUACAAAAAAUCAAAAUAUAAAUGAAGAUUCAUUAGCUAAAACAUACAAUACAACUAAUUCUCAACAAACGACAUUAGGACUUUAUUCAGAAUUUAGAAAUGAAUAUGAAAAUUUGUUAGAUGGUAAUAAAAUAUUAGGUGAUGUUUCAUUCUCAUAUAACAACAAAAGUAAUAACCAACAUUUAGAUGAACAUAAAUCUACAAAAGUUAAGAAAACUGAUAAAGUACAACCAUCACCAAUUCCAAAAGAAAAUUGUACAGAAAUAAUUGAUAUUAACAGUGAUUGUUUUACAAAUUUAUAUUCUGUAGGAAAAAAAAAUGUAUCUACUAAGUACAAUCGUCUAACACUUGCUGAACAAUUAGAAAUUACAUUCAGAAAAAAUAAAAUACCUAUAAAUGAUCGAAAGAAUCAGAAUUUUGAUGAUCAAUUUAAUCAUACAUAUCGUAAAAGUUUGGAAGAAACAAUACCUAAUUUAAAAAUUAAAUGUCUUGCAAAUAGUACAUUCAGAGAUGAAUCUUCAGAAAGAACAUUUUAUGCUGAUGAAAAAUCAAAAAAACUUCAAACACCAUAUUUAUCAAGAACUUUCGUUAAAAAUCUUGGUUAUUCAUCAGUUCCUUCAGAAACUGAAAGAAAUGAAACAUUAUUCAUGCAACAACAAUUUCUUCUUGAUAAUGAUUGCUCCACAGAAAUGGUUCGUCAUUGUGAAAAUUCAAAAACACAAACAGCUAUUAAUACUCCAACAAUAAUAUCUGAUUUAGGAAUAAAAAAAUCAGAAUUUACUAGUGAAAAUAAUAUGAUAACUACAACAAAUACUCAAGAUAUCUAUUCAAUAGAUGAUGAUAAUGAAACAAAAAGUUUAAAAAAUAGUAAUACUACUAAUGAAACAUUUACGGAAUCAAUAAAACAAGUUAAUGAAACUAUUGACAUGGCUACAAAGACAUACAACAAUUCUACUGUAGUACUUCAAGAAACACAGCAAUUAGAAAAAAAAUCAUACAUUGAUCCUUCUAUAAUUGAUGAUUUUAGAGAUGAAAUGAUUCAAAGUAUUAAUGAUGUUUGUGAUUUCUUAUCUCAAAAAGUUAAAAAUAAUACAGCUAUUAAUUUGGUUGAAGAAAGAUUUAUGGAAAAUGCCAAAUUUCUUUAUAAAUUUUUCUUUCAUAGUUGUAGAGAGGUCAAUUAA